UUUUUGCUUUUAUGUACUCUAAUUACAUUUUGCCUGUCUAGAGGUCAUAUUGAAAGAUGGUGAUCUUAAUUUGAUCUAUUAUUUGAACUUGACAUGAGUCAUGAGGUGAGAUUUUACUGAUCAGCAACGCAUUGUUUUCUAUAGUCAGUUAGCAGAUUAUAUUCAAAGCACCAAGGAUGCAGAGAAAAUGGUUUCAAGUAGAAGUUGGAAGAACAAAAAAAUGGUAAGAAACACGAAGAGCUGGGAGGAAAAUCUGAAAGCGGAUUAAGACAGGUUACUUUGUCAAUAAAUAUGUUAGCUUGGAUUGCAGAUUAGCACAAGCUUGAAGUUCAACACAUUAUUGUGUAGGCUGUUUUCCUCAAAGAUGAUUUAAAAAAUUUUUUAAAGUGUUUGCUGAAUGAAUUAAUGUAAUGUUAAUACAGGUUAAUUAGUAACCUGACCGUGUAUUUGUCUGUUUUUUUGUUUAAAGUAGUUGUGUAGCCAGCGGUUAGCCAUUCAUUAGUGUAGCCUAAUAUAAACCUCUUCAGAGCAGUCUGCUUCAUGCCAAGGCCCUAAUCACCCUGAGUCUGGGUUUAUGUUGUGUUAAUGACCAGCUAACAUUACAUUUAUUUCUGAAUGAACAGUUCAUUCAGGAAGAUAAAUGAAAUUGCUUCUUAAUGUCACUGUAUGCUAGUCAUGUAGCUACAAAUGUAUGUGGACAAAUCUGCUAAAACUAAAAUGCUGUAGUCCAUGCUCAUAAAACCACCACACAGGAGAUUAGAAAAGGGAAAAUAAGAAAGGAGAGCAGUUCUCUGGCCAUAGUUCAAAUCUCUCAAGCAUGAUUACUCAGAGAAAACCAUAUAUCCCAGAAACCCAUCACCUCAGACUUUUUCCCUUUCUCCCUUGUGUUUUGAGUAACAAGAAGGUACAUGAUGGACUGUGGUCCAAAACUGCAGUAGUAUUUACUUUUUUCCCUUCUAGAGAUCUUCUCUGGGAACUCUUUUCUUUGAGAGGUUUCCGUAGCCUUUGGGGCUGUCUGUCCCUGGGCUCCAAUUAGUUGCCUUUAAUGGUCAGCAAGGGCACUAGAGAGACCCUCAUAAGGUUCUCCAGCCGAGCAGGAGAAAUGAAAGCAUGAAGUGUGUCUCUCAUCUGUGCUGGACUGUCAUACAUUUUUGUUUUGUACCUUAUUAUAUGGUCUCCUAUUCUUUCUCUUCCAUUCCAGUCUUUUGUUCUGUUUAAUGGUUUGUUCUUGUUAUGGAGUUGCUUUUGAUCUCUAUACUUUAGAGUGACACAAACAAAAUUAAAACAACCACGAAGCAUCCCAGAAUUGAUUAAAUUCUUCUUUAAUACUUUCAUUGUUCAUUCUGUUUUCCAAGCAUUUAGAAGUUGGUAAAAAUGGCAACAUGCAUUCAAACCAGUAUUUUAUUUAUAAAAUUCACCCCCUUAGUUCACUUAAUUUGGAGAUAAUAUGGUUUACAUCUUCAAAAAGUGUGAAUUUAAUAUUAGAUGUAAUAUAUUAAGGACAUGAAAACGUAACAAGUUGCUAAUGGUCUCUUUGUGCUUUUAUGCAGUACCCAGGAUCUCACAGACAUGAUUUGCAAUUGACCUUAGCACUUGGAUUAUGUUUUAUGGUAUGGUUUCAAAACGGAUUAGUUACUUUUAAAGUGUGCAAAUGUGUAGGUGGAUGGGGUGUCCUUUGUAUGGCGACCUGUAUAUAAGAGCAAUCCAAAACCCGAGAGUGAAAACUGCCAGUAACAUGUGAAGUUUUCGUUGGGGGUUUGUAAGUGCUCUAAUUUGGGAAUCUAAUCAUACUCUUUCCAACAGCGUUUAAAAACAGGUGCUUAAAAGGUGUGCACAGAGCUUUAUAAUCUUGCUCCACAGGAUGUUAGGCCUUUAAUGCUAAUUGGCACUCAACUUCGUUCAACUGGAACUGGAUUGUAAACUGUCAUAUUGUCUUUGUAAACUUGAAGCUGCAAUGAAAAUAUGAACCAUUUAAUGCUCCACUUGCUUCCACAAAGGUGUGUAUCCAGGAAACCAUUGCUAUAAGCCAAUGCCUGACUUCUGCAACUUACCAGGUGCUUUCACCUGCAAAUUUAAGUGCCAAGCAAACUCUCGGAAGAUUAUAAUGACGUAUCUUUGUUUUGCAUCCCUGCAGGCACUCUUAAAGAUUAGAGUCGAUGCUGUCAGGAUAAACAAGAAACCCGUUGGAGCGUAUGUUUAGGUAACUGGCAGCUCAUUGUGGAUGCAGCACGUGUUAACAUCCAUGCAUGAACUUCGGGAAUGCCAGUAUAGUAAUGUAGUUCUUUAGGAAGAGCUAAAGGGUUAAAAGAAUUAGUGAAGAGAUGUCAUGUGAAUUUAAAAAAAUAAUUGAUUUGGGCAAACCUACCAAAUGGCUGAAAGGAAGUCAAUAGCAAUUUAGGUUAAAAUGAAGCACUGACAUGUUCCACGUGAUUUGAUUGUUCAUAAAACAAUUUCCACACUGGAACCUCUAAUAUGGUAACGGUGCAUUGAAACCUGUUUUUGUUUUCAUGCCUAAUUAGUUCACUUGUAUUCUUGACAAUUCUUAGACUUUACUUGUGCUUCAUGCCUUAAAAAGCUGGAGCAGCAAUCUCCAGUGGUGCGCUAUUGACAUCUAGUGGUGAAUACUGAAAAAUAUGAGCCGAGAACUACAGAACACUAAUGUUGAGUACACCUACAAGCAAAUGAUUGCUGUUGUUACCUUAAUAGUAGUUGAUAAGAACACCUUGAUUUGAGUAAAAAAAAAUUCCAAGAACUCUCUUCACGGUUAUUCUCAUUGGUAGCAUGUCAAACGGGUGUUCUGAAUUACAUUUUGUCAGAUUUGAAACACUGCCCCCUGUGUGCAAUAAAAUCCCUGGAGUGACACACAGCCCAUGUGAUACGAAUUUUACAGGCAAUGACAACAGUCUCUGUCUGUAAACUUUUCUGAGCUAAAUUAAGCACUGGGUCAAACACAACAAGGUUGCUUAGAUAUUGCAUACGACUUAUAUAACAUACAAAGAAAUUUACAAGUCAUAGAGAACAUGAAAUGUUGAGCAAACAAUAUCAGGGGCGAGGGAUGAAUGGAUCAGAAUGAAGGGACAAAAGCAGAGGUGGGUCUUCUCUGAGAAGGUAGAUCAGAUCACCAUUCUGUCUUCCCGUUGACCUGCACAAGGUCACCCACAGGACCCAGUAACCACAUAUUUCAAGCCAAAAUCCCUGUACAUGCGUUGGUCCGUGCACUUCUUUAUAUAUCUUCAAACGUCCUCCUUCUUUGGGGCAUGACAGGUGUGCCCCCCCCCCAGCUCCACCUGUCCAUCCUUCUCCACAGCCACAUGGUGGCGGACAAAUCCAGAAAGGGAACAGUCAUUCAAGAAAUGGCAUGCUGAAGUGCCACGGGGCCACGAAAGAUCUCUGGAUACCGGAUCAGACGCAGCUGCCCCCCGGCUGCUAUUUUCACUCAGCUUAAAGCACCAUGGGCAGCCAGCAUCUACGCCAUGGAAUAACGACAACAACAAGUCUGUCUCUGCACGCCAUGAAGUCCACCACAGGGGAGCACGAGCAUCCUGAACACGAUACCCUGAGCUUGCCCUCGGACCCUGAUGAGCUGGACAGUGGCAGUGAAAGCUCAGAGAAAUCCACCGGAGCUGGGAGCCCCAUGCAGGGCCACAGGGAGGCGGGGAGACGCAGAUGGGGUCGUAGACUUGAAGGGGUGAGCAAACAACGCCAGGCAGCUAACGCUCGGGAGCGAGACCGCACACACAGCGUCAACACUGCCUUCACGGCUCUGCGUACCCUCAUCCCCACAGAGCCGGCCGACAGGAAGUUGUCAAAAAUCGAGACCCUGCGAUUGGCAUCAAGCUACAUUUCACACUUGGCCAAUGUACUUCUGCUAGGGGAGGACUGCAGGGAUGGGCAACCAUGUCUGAAAUAUCACAACAUCUUACAAAGCAACUCCAACCUCAAAACUCCACCAGUCCGACCCAUCUGUACCUUCUGCUUGAGUAACCAAAGGAAAAUGCUUAGAGACGGGGAAAAGCACACAACUGCGUGACAGCAGAAGUUCUCCCAAAUGACGCUGCUACAUACGAGCUCUCAACUUCUGAAUGUUUACAUGUAAAGAGACAUUGCCCUGCACAGAGACAAAACAUUUUUUUUAAUCUCUGAGGACAGACAAAACGGGCAACAUGAAAAGAGGUGAAUCUGCACUUUUUCUGCAUGUGUGUACACCUUAUCAACUGUGUUUUGGUUAAUGCAACCUUAGAAUAUGUGUAAAGUUGCAACUGGUGGGAAGCUAUUUCAGUAUCAGAUAUAGUAAGCUACACCAUCCCUCGCCAUAAAAAAACAGUCUUGUGUCUGCCUCUUGCACGUCACAUGAUGGUAACUGAAACCGUGCGGUUUGCAGUGGUCGCUGUCAGUACAACGGUGGGCAAAAAUCUCAUCCCCUCCCUCUUGUCUCCACAUCUAAGCCAGGACCACAAUCCCAACAUGGCUCUCAGGAGACUGUAAACAAGAUUCUAACCUCAGCAUGAUAAUUUGGGUUGGGUAAAGCAUGCUAAAUAUUUAUUAGAACGUUCAAGUGGCACAUGACUGAAUGUUUUAGGUGGAAGUAUUUCAUAAUGAAAGCAUAAUCUUUCAUAUCUUGGGAACUGGUCUUGGUCAAGGGACAUGAUCCCUAACACGGGACCUGGGUUAUGACCCUGAUCCCAAUUGUUAUGUAGCCUUGUCUCGAAUGCUACCCUAAAUGUCUGGUCUUUCUUUGAGUCCAGGCUUUGGUGAGAUAAUGUUGUGAAGACUGUUGAGUAGCAGUGAUCACCAAGGCAGGCUCAGGAAGAAGGAACAUCGAGAUCACACCGUAACAUCAAAGGGCAUGCAUGUGCUUCUAAAUCAAAAAAUGCCAAAUUCAGUUUUGUACAUUUCACUGAAAUUGCACGAAGGAAGGCCAUUUGAGCAUAAGUUCAACUCCGAGGGUCUACGUAGCUAAAGGCAGAAGCUUACUGGAUUGCAUGCAUUUCAAUAAUUGUUGUGGUCGAUGUUAGAGUGCAGACUUGAUGCGUCAAUUCUGCAA